CGCGGUGUGUUUGCACAUUUCAUGGUUGGAAAUACAGGCAACUUUACUACACAGGAUUGGGCCACCAACAUGAACAAGGCAGCAUCUGUCGGCAUACAAGCAUUUGCACUGAAUAUGGCUGCCGAUUGGCCAUACAAUUCACAGUCUCUUGAAUAUGCAUUUGCGGCUGCCCACACGACCGGAUUCAAACUCUUCUUCUCCUUCGAUUAUCCAGGUGGUGCAUAUCCUUGGGAUCAGAAUGUGGUCAUUAACUACCUCAAUAAGUGGGGUGGAGAUAGCAACUAUUGGCAACAUGCCCCAGGCAAGCCACUCGCAUCCACCUUUGAGGGCCCCGGCAAUGCAGCAGACUGGCAUAACAUCAAAGCCAAAACAGGUUGCUUCUUCAUGCCAGACUGGUCUUCUGUGGGAGCCUUCCCAGCAAUUGGUCUGGCUGAGGGUGUUGCUGACGGGCUGUUCAGCUGGGCAGCAUGGCCGUAUGGUAAGCGUAAAACCGACACGUACUCUGAUCAUUCCUACAUACAAGCUCUUGGUGGAAGUGAUCCUUCAAAAGGUUCUACUAAGCCAUACAUGAUGCCUGUGUCCCCGUGGUUUUUCACGAAUAUGCCUGGUUUCAACAAGAAUUGGAUGUGGCGAGGUGGUAACUUGUGGUACGAACGAUGGCAGCAGGUUUUUGAACUGCAGCCCGAAUACGUUCAAAUCAUCUCCUGGAACGACUUCGGUGAAUCUCACUACAUCGGUCCGCUAGACGACAAACAGUACGAAGCUUUUGCCAUCGGCAGAGGUGAUUCCCCUUUCAACUAUGUCCGCGACUUUGACCAUACUGGUUGGCUUACACAUUUGCCAUUCAUGAUCCAGAGAUAUCUCAAAGGAACGGCACAGUUUACAAAAGAAAGCGCUGUCGUAGCCCACCAGGUCACGUUGACUUCUUCAUGUUCAGGCGGCGGAACAACAGGAAACACGGCAUCCCAACUCCAACUGGAGUUUGCACCAAAGGAAAUAUCACCAGAUUCCUUGUAUGUUGCAGCCCUAUUGACUGCUCCUGCGUCAUUCUCCGUCAGUGCCCCUGGCAAGGCGUCAUACGUAUCAGUCGCAGACAAUAAGUGGGACAUCAUUCCUGAUGGCGGUAUUGGCAUGUACUACAAGUCCGUUCCAAUGGCAGGAGCUGGAGAGCAUACCAUCACGCUUCGACGCGGAGGUUCAGUACUAAACGAGUUCAAAACAACUGUUCAAAGCACAUGUUACGCAGGAAAUAUGGCCAACUGGAACGCCCGAGUCACCUCCUCUCAGUGGACCAACGGAUUUGCCGCCAAAACUUGGUCACCGACACUUACGCGCGCUCAGCAAAGCUGCAUACAGGGCUGGGGCGAGGGAAACUUUAACGUGAUUUGUGAUUACACUUGCAAGAACGGCUAUUGUCCUGACUCUUGUGUAUGCGAGAAUAUGGGUAUACCAAAGCCUCAAAAGAGAGCAGACGUUACAGGGCCUGGAUACCCUAAGAAUGGCGACGCCAACUAUGCAGGUCUCUGUGACUUCGCCUGCAAUCGUGGCUUCUGUCCGGAGGGAGCGUGUUCUAAAACGCCGGUGGCUCAGUACAUCCCAAAAGUUUCGCCAUUCACGCCAGAUACUUGUGUAGCCGGAACAACAUCUGGGGACUUCAAGUCGCUAUGCGACUUUGGUUGCAAAUACGGAUACUGCCCUCGGAACACAUGUGCGUGCUCGGCCACCGGGCCAUUGAACUUGCCUCCAGAUGUAAACGAUCUGGCUAUCAAGCCGCGCAUGUUCUUAGGCCUCAGUGACGACGGACUCUGCAAUUUCGGUUGCAGUCGUGGCAAGGAUGGUCGAAAUGUACAAUGCCCUCUUGUCUGCAGCAAC